AAACCAUGGUAUGUCUGGAGCAUCCCUGUGAUGCAUACAGCCAGGGUUCUGCGGGCACCGCGUUCGGGAACCUGAUCACCCAACUCCUGGCAGCGCAAUGCCUACUUGCCGAGGAUUGGCCGAAGGACCAUUUAGACAGAGUUUCUGAUGGCACCAGCUUCGACUUCAUCAUUGUGGGCUCGGGUACGGCGGGGUCGUUGCUUGCGAAUCGUCUGACGCAGGUGAAGCACUGGAAGGUUCUCCUCAUAGAAGCAGGCGACGACCCACUUAUAGAAAGCGUGAUUCCCAAUUUUUCCGGUGCGACACAUAGGGGUCCACAAGCAUGGCAAUACUAUACAGAGGUAGACGAGACGACUAACAGGGGAUGCGUCGAUGGCCGUUCGUUCUGGCCCCGCGGCAGACUCCUAGGUGGCACUGGCUCUAUCAACGGGCUCCUGCAUAUGAGAGGCAGCCCUGGAGACUACGAACCUUGGAAUUUCAACAACGACUGGGACUGGCCGACGAUAAAAGAAUAUUUCAAAAAAAGCGAAAAGGUUGUCGACCCAUUUAUAUUAAAUAAUCCCGAAUUAAGAAAAGAUCACGGCACCAAUGGAGAGUUCAUUGUCGAUCAGUUAAAUUUUAGCCAUGUAGGUGUAGCUGAAAUGUUAACGCAGGGCUAUCAAGAAAUGGGUUUGAAAUUGUUGGACGACUUGAAUGGAGACAGUCAAAUGGGAGUGGGAAAAAUUAGAGGUAGCAACUACAAAGGUAAAAGAGUCAGCACUGCGACUGCUCUUCUAAACCCCAUAAGAGAAAGAGACAAUUUGUUUCUUCUGAAAAACACUUUUGCAUUCAAAAUUAUUAUUAAGGACAAAACAGUUCAAGGAGUUAAAGUUACCCUAAGUAACGGGAGUGAAGCAUCAUUUUUUACAAAUAAGGAAGUUAUACUAAGUGCUGGUGCUGUGAACACACCAGUUAUUUUAAUGCAGUCAGGCAUUGGACCUAAGGCACAUUUGGAAGAAUUAGGAAUUGCACUUGUAGCAGAUUUGCCAGUCGGGGAAAAUCUUCAAGAUCAUGUCAGAAUACCUGUACCUGUAACUAUUGAUACUGGAGCUAAGAAACGGGAUGAUACGUUCUGGCUUAAAGCUGCAGCUCAAUACCUGUUAGAGCAGACUGGCCCACAUUCUACCAACUACGACCAACCGAACGUCAAUGCUUUCUUGUCGGUCCCCGGCAAUAAACCUUUGCCUGAUGUACAAAUUGACCAUAAUUACUUCCUUCCAAACACCUCUUACGUAUAUACCAUGUGUACCAACGCUUUGUCAUUUCAAAAUGACAUUUGCCAACAAUUUUCCGAGUUCAAUGCUGAGAAAGAGAUAAUUAUUUUCUUCAUAUCCUUAUGCAGACCUCAUUCGAAAGGUAGAAUUAUGUUACGAAGUACGAACCCUGGUGAUUUUCCUAAAAUAUAUUCGAAAUAUUUCAGCGAUGAACACGAUAUGAAGAUUUAUGUGUCAAAUCUUAAAAGAGUACUGGAAAUCCUAAGCACACCAAUUUUCAGAAAAUUUAACGCCGAGUUACAAAGGAUCUAUUUUAAGGAUUGUGAUGAAACUGUAUUUGAAUGCGAUGAAUAUUGGGAGUGUAUGGCUAGAACUUUAACGUACAAUGUAUAUCAUCCAGUGGGGACUGCAAAGAUGGGGAAAGUUGGAGAUCCUUCUGCUGUGGUCGAUAGUAAACUUAGAGUUCUGGGUUUGGAAGGAAUUCGAGUGGUCGAUGCGAGCGUCAUGCCAACUAUACCUAGUGUUAAUACAAACGCUCCUACAAUGAUGAUUGCGGAGCGGGCUGCUGAUUUCAUUAAAGAUCAAUAUGCAAAAACUCAAAAAACUGAAUUAUAACUGCCAUGGUGCGAUUU